GAAUACUUCAUUACUAUUCGCUUCCUUGUUGCAGCGCGGGAGUCAGAAUCGAUUGGAGGGCUUUGUAUGUAUUGUGCCAGUUUUGGUUUUCGCUGUGAGGUCUCUUGAAGCCUUGCUGUGAUGCCUGCUGAAAGAAAGCUAAUGCGUUAUGGUCACUCCGAGGGUCACACGGAUGUCUGCUUUGAGGACACGGGACGGUACAUUGUGACUUGUGGGAGUGAUGGGGAUGUUCGGAUUUGGGAAGGUCUAGAUGAUGAUGAUCCGAAAUCAAUAAAUGUGGGGGAAAGGGCUUAUUCUUUAGCUUUAAAGGAUGGAAAAUUGGUCACGGCCUUAUCCAACAAUACUGUUCAACUCCACACCUUUCCUGAGGGGGAUCCAGAUGGAAUCUUAACACGUUUCACCACAAGUGCCAAUCAUGUGACCUUUAACAGCAAUGGGUCCCAAAUUGCAGCUGCAUCUGGUGACUUCAUGAUCAAAAUUGUAGAGGUGUUUGACAGCAGCCGCCAGAAGACACUACGGGGCCACCAAGCUCCUGUCCUGAGUGUGGCCUUUGACCCAAAAGAUGAAUUUUUGGCCUCUGCUAGCUGCGAUGGAUCAGUGGCUGUAUGGAAAAUAGAGGACCAGGUGCAAGUGAUCCAUUGGAAUGUGUUACAGAAGUCAAAUGAUGUCAGCAAUUCCAAGUCAUUGUGUAGGCUAAGCUGGCAACCAAGUUCUGGAAAGCUACUAGCUGUUCCAGUUGACAGACUGGUGCAGCUGUAUGAGAGGGCUUCAUGGAGUCUUGUCGGCAGCCUUUCUGAUGACUUCAUCACACAGGCUGUGAAUGUGGUGGCUUGGUCUCCUUGUGGAAAGUAUCUGGCAGCAGGAUCCGUGGGUGGUUUCUUAACAGUUUGGGAUGUGGAAACCAAACAAUGUAUUGAGAGGGAAAAACAUGAAAAAGGCUACACAGUGUGUGGCAUCUGCUGGCAUCCCUCUGGAGGCCAGAUAGCCUACACUGACAAUGAAGGUUGUCUUGGUCUUUUGGACAACGUGACCGAUUCCUCUUUAUUUGCUUCAAAAAAAGACAAGGUGGUAGCAGCAAGAAGAGAGUCAAAGUAUGAAGACUUGUUUGAGGAGGAUGAUGAUGGUCAUUUUAUAGAUGACUUGAGUGUUAAAUCUACCAAUGGCACUGAUGAUGACGAUGAUAUCAUGCCAUCCAUUGCCAGACGUCAAAAAAGUGGGACCUUUGACAAUGAUGACACUCCUAUAGAUGCAGCUUCAAUUAAGGAUAAGGACAUGGUUGGCCUACCACCUGCAGUCCCCGCUGUGCCUCAACAAAUCUAUGAGGGCCCCAUGCCAACCCGGCCACAGAAGCCGUUUCAGCCAGGCUCCACACCUACUCACCUCAUACAUCGUUUUAUGGUUUGGAACUCUGUUGGGAUUGUACGUGGCUACAAUGAUGAGCAGGACAAUGCCAUUGAUGUGGAGUUUCACGACACCUCCAUCCACCAUGCCAUGCACUUAACCAAUUCUCUUGGUCACUUGUUUGCUGACCUUUCACGAGAGGCGGUGCUGCUAGGUUGUGAGGCAACAGAUGAACUUGCCAGUAAGCUCCAGUGCUUACAUUUUUCAUCCUGGGACACGAACAAGGAGUGGAUAGUGGACCUACCCAAAGAUGAAGAUGUUCAAGCUGUCUGUCUGGGGCAGGGUUGGGCAGCGGCAGCUACUAGUGCCCUACUUAUCCGAAUCUUCUCCAUCGGUGGAGUGCAGAAGGAGAUCUUCAGCCUCCCAGGCCCCAUAGUGUGCAUGGCAGGCCAUGGAGAGCAGCUGUUUAUAGUUUUUCACAGAGGUACUGGAUUUGAUGGGGAUCAGGCCCUUGGGGUUCAGUUGUUUCAGCUGGUCCAGAAGCGGAUGCAGGUUAUCUGUGGGGAGCCUCUUCCCAUGUCUUGCAAGUCAUAUCUGUCCUGGAUGGGGUUUACUGCUGAAGGUACCCCGUGCUAUGUUGAUUCUGAGGGUGUCUUGCGAAUGCUGAACCGUUGCCUUGGUAACACGUGGACCCCAGUGUGUAACACCCAAGAGAACUGCAAGGGAAAGUCAGACCACUACUGGGUGGUGGGUGUUCAUGAGAUUCCUCAGCAGCUCAGGUGUAUCCCCUGUAAGGGGUCCCGCUUCCCACCGACACUACCCCGUCCUGCAGUCGUCAUUCUCCCAUUCAAGCUUCCGCUGUGUCAGACCACGACGGAGAAGGGCUCGCUGGAGGAACAAUACUGGCGUUCCUUGCUGUUCCACAACCAUUAUGACUUCCUGUUGUCCAGUGGCUGUGAAAUAGAUGAGGAACAAAGACACAAAGGGCAGAAGGAACAGCAGGAACUUCUGAUGAAGAUGUUUGCUCUGUCAUGUAAGUUGGAGCGGGAGUUUCGCUGUGUGGAGCUGGCAGAGCUCAUGACCCAGAAUGUGGUGACGCUGGCCAUACGCUAUGCCUCGCGCUCUCACAGGAUGGCGUUGGCACAGCGUUUGGGAGAUCUCGCACUGGAAAAGGCUGUUGCCGAACAGGAGGACAGUGAGCACACUGGUUACCCUGGCAUCUGGAAGAAAACUUGGUGCAGCCAGUCAGAGAGUGAGUGUGAAGUUCAACAGCUGAGUAGCCACAGAGAACAGGAAGUCCUGCAGGAAGGAUGUCUUGAGGACCAAGAUGAGCAGGAGCAAAUGGAUAUACAUGAGAUUGGUAAACCAGGUCUCAAUCUAUUUAACAAAGAUAUUUCACAUGAUACACCAUCUCCAAAACCUUCUAGCAAAGACGGCCGUGUAAAUCCUUUUAAGGUGUCAUCUUCAAAACCUCCUGCUACGUUUGUUCCUUCCCGUAUGACGAACAUCCUGGACAGUAUGACUGCAUCAUGCAAACGCUCCUCCUCUGGGGUUUUCUCUGGAGGGACGGCAGGCAAGGAUGCAAUUCUGAAGCCUCUUGCGCCAAGGCCCAAAUCCAAGACACAGACUACUCUGCUUAAAAUACGUGGCCCCAAAGCAACACAAAAGAAAACGGAGAAGGAAUCAAUGGAGGAAGAUAUUAAAGAUGGUCAUGCAUCUCAGGGUGCCUCUGCUCAAAAUUCAGAGAACAUAAAGCCUACAACAGGUUUUCAGUUGUGGCUUGAGGAAAAUCGCAGUAGCCUCCUGGUAGAAAAUCCAGACCUCGAAGAAACAGACAUCAUUAAAGAAGCAAUGGGUCAUUUCCGGACACUGACAGCAGAGGACCGAUUGUCUUGGACAGAAAGAGCAAAAGAGCAGACUGGAGAGCUGCCAGAUGUCAAGAAGAGAGCGAGGGUAGACAACAAUGACGAGUUCAGAAAUGACAAGGAGAGCAAUACCAAGAAGAAAAAGACCAUAGACACUUCAAAGCUUGCUGCAUUUGCUUUCAAUAAAAACUGACAACAGAACUAAAAAUUCAUGUCACAUCUGUCAUAAAUUUGUAGUUCUUUUCCAAAGCAUUCAGCUAUUGUAAUCAUUUCAUUUGCAUGUCUUGAUGUGUGGCUAGAAAUUCAACAUAUAUAAUUAUAUAGUUUAUAAUUAAACAUAUUUGGCUGUAUGUUAGUUGAAUGGAACAAACUAUACUUAAAAAUAAAUGUGAGCAAAACAUCGUGAAAGUGAAUUAAUCACAAAGUAAAACUGGGGAAAUUAAUAUUUUAAGGUUAUUACAACUACAAGUUCAGUACUUUUUAUUACUUGUGUAAUUUGCUUAUCAAUUUUUAUACCAACUGACCAUAUAAAAUAAAAUGCAAUGUUAUGUG